AUGAGCAAAAGAAAUCAUGAAGAUCAUGAAAAGCACGGUUCCUCACGCAAACAUCGACGGGAUAGCCGCUCACGUUCACAUGAUAAAGACAGAGAACUGCGCAUUCAAAUGAAGCCUUUGAUGCUUUCUUCAGAUAAUGAAUUAACUCGACAAAAUGAGAUUAGCUACAUCGAAGGUUCAAGUUUCACACAGAAAAGUUUCUCUUCUUCGCGUAAACAAGACACACUACUGAAUCCGGAUUCACAUUCACGGUCGACAGGUGUCAAUUCAGGUCAAUACUCCUCAAUGAUUUUGGAAAGAGCACACGAAGCGGCUAUAUUUGGUCAUUCUUCAGUUCCUUUACCUUCCAUUCUUGGUACAGAUCCAGCUGAAGGCAAAGAUAAACUAGUUUCUUCUGUGGAUACAGUGAAGCAACUACUUCAUCAUUCGCUGGAUAAAUCCGAUCCUUCCACAUGGGAUGCUUGGUUGUUGAAACUUGCUGAAUUUAAGGCACGUCGAGCAAAUAAGAUUUCAUCUACCAUAAACACAAAUCAGAAAAAGAGAAUUAAUGGAAUUGGAUAA